AGUGUCUAGUUAGUAUCCGUGUGACUUGUGAAAGAGAAAAACUUGUCCCUUUCUUCUUUUUCUCUCUAAGAUCUGAGAGAAAACCAAAGGAUAAGAGACAAAGAAAACAAGAAGAAGAAAAAAAUCAGCUUAACAAGUUAAGUUCUUUUGCAUGAUGAAACUCGUGAGCCUUAUUGAUGAAGUAAACAAGGUUCUGCAAAAUCAAAAGACAUAGAAAACCAGUUGAAAAAAGGAAAAUUCAGAACAGCAAAAAAAAAAAAAAAACUUCAAUCAAAUUGUUCUCUAUAAACAGUUGAAGUUUCUGUCUUUCUUUUGUGGGGUUGGAAGAAAUCACGUUUGUGGAGCUAAAGAAGCAACCAAUACACUUUUCUACCGCACUUUUUUCACUCAACUUAAAGAACAGAGUAAUCAAAAUUUGAAACCAAUGAAAGUAGCUGAGAAAAGCUUAGAUCCACAACUAUGGCACGCAUGUGCAGGAGGAAUGGUUCAAAUGCCAUCAGUGAACACAAAAGUGUUUUACUUUCCACAAGGGCAUGCAGAACAUGCUCAAUCCAACGUUGAUUUUGGAGAUUCUUUCAGAAUUCCACCACUCAUCCUCUGUAGAGUGGCUUCUGUGAAAUUCUUAGCUGACUCUGAAACAGAUGAAGUCUUUUCAAAGAUAACUUUGAUUCCCUUAAGAAAUUCAGAGCUUGAAAAUGAUGAUUCUGAUGGCGAUGGUUCUGAGAAUUCAGAAAAGCCUGCAUCUUUUGCAAAGACUUUGACACAGUCUGAUGCAAACAAUGGUGGAGGGUUCUCUGUUCCUAGAUACUGUGCUGAAACGAUUUUUCCUCGGCUUGAUUACUCGGCUGAGCCACCAGUUCAGACGGUGAUUGCAAAGGAUGUUCACGGCGAGGUUUGGAAGUUUAGGCAUAUCUAUAGAGGAACACCAAGGAGGCAUUUGUUAACAACUGGUUGGAGUAGUUUUGUGAACCAGAAAAAGCUUGUUGCAGGUGAUUCUAUUGUGUUUCUGAGAGCUGAAAGUGGAGAACUUUUUGUUGGUAUUCGUCGCGCGAAGAGAGGGAUUGUUAAUGGAUUGGAAACACCUUCCGGAUGGAGUUCUGGUAAUGGAAAUUGUGGUCUUGGACCUUAUGGUGGUGCUUUUACUGCUUUUUUGAGAGAGGAGAAUAAGUUGGGGGGUGUUGGUGGUAAUUUGGGAGGUGGAAGAGUGAAAGUGAGUGGUGAAUCAGUGAAGGAAGCUAUGAGACUUGCUGCUAGUAAUCAAACAUUUGAGGUAGUUUAUUAUCCUAGAGCAAGUACUCCUGAGUUUUGUAUUAAGACUUCAGCUGUUAAAGCUGCUAUGAGAAUUCAAUGGUGUUCUGGGAUGAGGUUUAAGAUGCCAUUCGAAACCGAAGAUUCUUCUAGGAUUAGUUGGUUCAUGGGAACUAUUUCUUCUGUUCAAGUUGUUGAUCCUAUUCGUUGGCCUAAUUCCCCUUGGAGACUUCUUCAGGUCACUUGGGAUGAACCAGAUUUACUUCACAAUGUGAAGCGAGUAAGUCCAUGGUUGGUUGAAUUGGUAUCAAACAUGUCGAUGAUUCAUCUCGCACCUUUCUCACCACCAAGGAAGAAACUCCGUUUUCCACAACAUCCGGAUUUCCCUCUCGAUGUUGUCCAGUUUCAAAUACCAACGUUUUCAGGCAACCCUUUUAACCCUUUGUGUUGUUUAUCUUCUUCGGAUAAUUAUAACGCUCCUGCCGCAGGCAUUCAGGGAGCCAGGCAUGCUCAAAUUGGAAUAUCUUUAUCGGAUCUUCACCUUAACAACAACAAAUUUCAGUUAGGUGUGUUUCCAAAUAAUCGCGAGACGAUUUCUAAUGUUAGCAACAUAACUACCAACCAUGAUAAUAAGAGCAAAGAAAGUAUAUCAUGUCUGUUGACUAUAGGAAAUUCUCACAAGAGAAGUUUGGAGAUCAAAUCUGAUAAUAAUGAUAAUAGACACCAAUUUUUGCUUUUUGGUCAACCAAUUCUCACUGAGCAACAAAUCUCUAGAAAAGAUUCUAGUGAUGAUGUGUUGUUGUCCAAGAAAAAGGACAAAGAGAAGUGGUUUUUCAGUGAUACUACUCAAUCUUCUAUUUCUGAACAGUUUUCACCAGCAAAAUCUUCUACUACUAGUGCUAGUGCUGACUUCUGUUGGCAACUUGGAUUAGAUACUGGUCAUUGUAAGGUUUUCUUGGAGUCAGAGGAUGUUGGAAGAACCUUAGACUUGUCCUGUGUUGGUUCAUAUGAAGAACUGUAUAGAAAACUGGCUAAGAUGUUUGGAAUAGAAAGAUCUGAGAUGUUGAGUCGUGUACUCUAUCGCGAUGCAACAGGUGCUGUUAAACAAACUGGUGAAGAACCCUUCAGUGACUUCAUGAAGACAGCAAAAAGAUUGACAAUUCUGAUGGAUUCAGGCAGCAAAGAUACUAGAAGGGUUUGUAUCACAGGAACUAGGAAUGCUGAACGUGGAUUAGAUGCAUCAAAUAAGACAGGGCCUAUGAGCAUCUUUGUUUAAGAUGUGUUGCAUUGCAUUUCAGUUAUUAUAAUUGUUAUGUGAUUUCAGAAGUUGAAGGAUAUAUAAUCUUGUUAAAGAGACCUUCAAAUUGAAUCAAAUAUUUGAUUAUGAAUUUUUGUUUAAGUUGUAGAAAAAAACUAUUAUUCCUGGAUCAUGCAAGAUUACUAUUCUAAUGUUAACCAACAUUUGGUUUCCA